AUGUCGUUCGACAAAUGCACUCUGUGGGUCCGUUGGUACAGUAGUUGGGACGAAAUCGGCCGGCGGUAUGGGGUGGUGGCUACUGCACGUAGCGGGAACUCGACGCAGAAGGUCAAUGAUUGGACCAGUAAAUGCAGGUCCAUUGCCGACAAGGAUGGUUGGAAUCAUAAUCCCCAAACGUGGCCAACGCACGGUGACCCUUUUCUAAACGCUGAGGCAGCUUGCGACAUAAACUUUGUGCACGGGCCUGUAGGAUACCAUGAAUACCUGGAAUGGCAUCAGGAAGUCAGUAAUCAUUGGCUUGGUCUCCAUCCUGACUGCGAUGUGUAUAUGGUUAUCUGA